UGUUCCCACAAUUCACAGCGUAUUGGAGAAAAUGGCGUCGGGCAUGUGUUUCCGUGAGAGAGACUCAGAGAGCAAAUGUAAUGUCUUACAUUGGUACUUUUACAACUGAGACAUCGUGUACAAAAGGUCGCCAUGAGCAGUCCAGAAAAUUGUCAUGUCUGUUUCUCGAAAGGGAAGACGAGUAGACUCCGAGUUUACCAGAUAAAUUUUGACGAGGCAGUACGCUUUUGUGAGGAUGAUAAGUGUACCUAUCCUGCUGGUCAGCUAGCUACAGACUCUUUAAUUUUAAACAGGAAGUAUACAGAUAUUUCUCCAAAGAAAACAACCCAAAAAGUGACACCAACAACACUACAGAAAUCACAACCAAUCAAUGCCAAAUUAAGGAGCAGGAGUCAUAUUCCAUGCUUACCAAGUAUUAAGAAGAUCUUAGAUACCCCAAUUAACAGAGUAUGCUCUCCAACUGGCAAACGACCCCUAACUCCUUACAUUCCUGGAAAAUCAAAACAAAAUCAUGACAGAGAAAUCCUUGCUACAAAAACAACAUUAUCGUAUCAGGAAGAAGAGAAUAUCAAAUUAAAGAGUGACUGGACUUUUUUCCCACAAUGGCAAAACAAAGAGGCAAUGUGCUGGUUAGACGUUGUUAUAUGUCUGUUUGUACACUGUAAAAAUUUGCAAGAAAACUUGGAGUCAUACACUGAAGAUGACAAAACUGUGCUCAAAACAUUACUUAUUGCAUACAACCAGGCCUGCAAAAUUUUAAACAAUGGCUUAGAUUCAAAACAAGAUAGUCCAAAACUUGAUUUGACCAAGGUUGAAUAUCAGCAACCUGUAUUACAAACUUUAACAGCAUCACAGAGAUCUUCAGACAUUGUCCGAAAUUUUCAGCAAAUGUCUGUUGUUGACAAAGUUAAAACAGGUGCUGGAAUUAAAUUUAGUUCUGAGAUUAACAAGGAAAUGAAUGUAAUUGAAGACAGAUACCUUCAUGCAUUUAACAUUUUGCAAGAUGUCAGAGAAACUGUUUUUCUGAAGCUUCAACCCAAACUACAGUGUGAAAAGGGGAAAAAUGACAGUCCAUUGUUUGCCAUCCCUCUUCUGGUGAAAGGAGAUUCUGUAGUGGAGAAAUUAAUGAGGAUGAAGUAUAGAUUUGACUUUCAUUGUAAGGCAUGUGGAUACAUGCAGAGCGACUCUUUUGAACAGGUUUUGCCAACAUUACCUAAACCUCCACAGAAUAUUGCCAUAGCAGAACCAACAGUUGAACGAUCCUGCUUUAAAUGUAGAGCACCAUGGCAGCAGCGAAAAAUGAUAUUUGAAAAGUUACCAGAAGUUGUGGUUCUACACUUUGUGGAGGGUUUGCAGAGUAAUGACAUUGAGUCCUUAUCAUUUUCAUUCGGAGGAAGACAGUAUAGAGUGAGGGGCUUGAUCCAGUAUCUUAAUAACCCAGAUCACUUUGUAACCUGGAUACACAAUGCUGAAGAUAUGACUUGGAUGGAGUGUGAUGACUUAAAGUCCCCUGUUUGUCAGCCCCAAAAAGUGGACCUAAGGAUUCCAGCUCAACAGAUCCAUAUUGUAAUGUGGGAAAGUUUUUCAACAGCAAAGACCAAGGAUAUACCAGUGAAAAUGGAAAUAGAGUCUCCAGCGCAAUUAAUCAAAGAUCAAAUGAAAAAUAAUAAAAUCAACUUGCAGAGCUCUGACACAGGUUCCGUUGGGGUUGAUUCGCCAAUGUCAGUUGACACUCCGACAGAAGAUGAUUGCCAAGAUAGUGUGAAGGCCUUGCGUUCGUCUUCUUUAAAGCCCAAUAUGGUGGUAAAGUUGACACACACAGGACAGUUAAUUCAAGUUCAAAAUCAAGUUACCUCUACACCUAGUCCAAAUUACAGCCCAGUGCUGCAGAGCAGCAGCUCUUCAAAAGUCAAAGUACCCAAGCGUGUUGGAAAAACUGCUGCCACAAAGAACCAACCAGAUGCAAAAUCUUCUCCAGCUCUGUCAAAUCCUGUUGGUUCAUACACCCCUUCUUUUCUAAAGUCACUUAUUCAGAAAAAGUCUAAAAACUCCCUUGUCUUGCAGGCGGAGAGUCGUGCUGGAAAAUCUCCCUCCUUCCAUGGAAGUACUGGUGCAAUAGCUAGGCUGAGAGGAUUAAGUGCUACAAACUUUAGACCUCCUGUACUGGGAAAAAAGAAGUUUGAAGGGUAUUUUUCACAGAAAAAUUGUAAGUCUAAUACCCCCCAAGGUUCAGGACUCUUUCGUAGUUCCAGUGUUUACUCUUUAUCGGGCGACUCCUCGCGUGCAAAUAGUCCCACUUUAAGUUCCUUUAGUGAUACUUACACGCUACAGAAAAGAAAGUUUACAGACAUGGAAGAGAUGAACAGCAAGAGGAGGAAAUCUAUUUGCAGUGACUCCAGUACUAGUUCUCCUGAGUCGUUCCACGUGGAAGAACUGAUUGACGUGCCAACAUCAGAAGGAUGUGAUGUCUUACAAAAUCUCUACAAUGCAUUAAAUCUAUCUUUACCAGAAAAUUUAGAGCUCCCACACAACGCUAAAAGCAUAAAGUCAGCUAAUGCAAAGUUAUGUGAUGAAGAAUCUCUGCCUGAUGUGCAAGAUUUAGCAGGUUUCAUUGAAAACUCUAAUGACAAUAAUGUGUCAAGUUUAGAUGAUUUUCUUGCACAAUUGUAAUUGUUCAUCAGUAAAGUUUUUCAUUGUUUUCUUUUUAAAGCAACUCAAUCUUGUCCAAAAGGUAUUUUGAUUUUUCUUGAUAUUAGUAGUUUCUUGAUGUUGAUUUAAUCAUUUUGAAAAAGGUUUUGUUACAUCAUGUUAUAUUGUGAUACCAACUCAUGUAUUUUGUGAGUGCUGCGAUUUGAUAGACAGCUCAUUUAUAUAUACACUUUUUACCUGCUAAUGCAGUUUUCAGAACUGACAUUAUGAAGGUCAUAUAAAUGUUUAAGUUGAUUUGUGAUUAGUAUGUGUAAGUAAUAUCAAAUGAUCUCAUGGAAAGAAAGAAAAAAAUAAGCACCAAUUUAACGUUCUAGCAAGGAGAAAUGUCAGUGGUUUAUGACAUGAUAAUGUGAGAAAGCCUUGUGGCCUUGGUGACCACCCAUGUGUUCAAUCCUAAAAGUCCUUUAUUUACAUUUGUUCACACCAUUGUUUAUUUUACAACUGUUAACUCUUGCAUUUGUUGAAAUAUUACAUUGUUUUCCAAAACAGAGUUCUGAUUUUGUUGUAAUUUAAUUGAAUAAUCACAAAAGUUUUAUAACAACAGUUAAUUUUGAAUCAAAAUUUUAGUCGUACAUGGGUGUUAUAUGGUCAAAAACUGUCUGUCUGAAUAUUUCUUUUUAAUUUUUUGUCUGUCUGAACAAGGUCACUGGAAAAGAUCACAUUGUUUGUCUGUUGAUCAAUGGUUGGUGAUAAGCCUUUUUUUUUUUUUUAAAUUAAUCUUAUGUAAGGUUAUUUGCUUUCUCUAGAACUCGCAAUGACAACUGAACUUUUUGUCAGUGAAUGUUGUUGUAAAAAUCUGAUUUACAGGAGCAUAUGGAUUAUCGAAAUAUGGAACUGUCAGCCAAACUACAUGUGCUUUAAUAACAUUGAUUCUCCAUGCGAAUGUUGGAAUUGUCUGUCGUCUGCAGUGUUACCAAACUUGUGUCUGUUGUCAUCAACGUCGUAAGGAAGAACUAAAAAAAAAAACACUUACCAAACUUGGAAAUAACGUCUGUCGUCUUGGAAAAGCUCUUGUUUGUAAUUAAACAGAUCUUGACAAGCUUAAAUGACUUGUAACAGCUUCAAGGUCACUUACUAUUUAUGAGAGAUUGUCAUGUCUAAAGUUUCAAAUGACUUGACAGCUAAAUGUUCUACUUUGAACUUGUAGUGCUCAUGGAGAGGGUCACUUUGGUUUCUUUUGUUGUGCUUUAUAUAAUAAUUCAACAAUAAAGUUCAUUGUUAUUUUCA